AUGGGAUCGACUCGACACAUCUCACGGUGGCGAUUGCCAUUAUGCCAAACGUCUGUAUCACUUUCAUCUUCUUCACAUGUGUCACUACGUUAUCUUGACGAAUUCGUGGGAAAGUUGCAAUGUGCUUCUGAUCUCCUACAGCUUGAACUUUUCCCAGACGCGAAAGAGAUCACGGAGAGCAUGGCACUGUUUAAUGCUGUCCGACGGUAUAUUGCACCCACAUCCAAAUCUAGAAAAGUUAAUGAUAAACCUGAUGGAAUUAUUGUCGUUGGAGACGGUAGCACUCCACGUACAGCUGCAAUGUUUGCCUAUCGAAUGCAAGGAUGGAAAUGCUAUAGUGUAGAUCCUGCAAUGGAUACGGGAACAAGUGAGCGGUCGAAACGUUGGGCAGAAGUUUCGAAUCUGAUCAUUGUGCGAAAUAAGAUUGAAAAUGUUCGAAUUUCGUUAAAGCGAGUGAUCUUAGUGUUAGUGCACGCACAUGUUUCACUUGACCAAGCGCUGAGUGCUGUAGAAGCUGAAGAGAUUUGUGGUGUCGUGACGAUACCAUGUUGUAAUUGGUAUGGAUUGCAGGAGACACUUUUUGGAAGAAAACCAGACCUUGUGUAUGAUGACUUUAGUGUUUUGUCAGAUCAUCGUGAAAUUCGCUUGUGGUUUGGUGAUCGAUCACAUCACGAGAUUGGAAGCACGAAUGCUACUCAUACAGAUCUUACGCUGACUUCAAAUGUCAUGAAAGGCUGUAUUCGUAAAAUUUUCGUAGAGAACGAUGACAUACUAUCCAAAGAGACCAUUGGAAUGGAUAUUGAAAAGCUUACGAAGCGACAUGAUGGAGUUCUCGACUUUAUAAGCAAAAUCCUGUGUGAAACCUCCGAUAAUGAUGUUUCUGUAGAUAAUAGAGCCAAUGAAGACGCGAUUGGUAAUAGUUUGCGAUCUGCUAUUGCGUCACAUCUUCGUCUGGAUGCUUCUCUUCUCGUACUUGAUCAGCAUUCCCAAUUCUCUACUGUUCAUUUGUUAUUGCAAGAAGGAUAUUCAAAUGUGUACAUCAUUUCCACAGCUAAUAAGCUGUCUUUAACCAUGCAAGGUGAAAUUGCAUUCAAGACACUGAAGUUGCAGCUCUCCAAGGCUACAAUGCAUAAGGAAUCUGCAACGGGAAACGUGAAUCUUAGGUAUAGACCUUGUGGCUAUUUUGUUCUCCAGUCAUCUUUCACUUUCACAAACAUUGGCAAACAAGUUUCAAACGAGGAAUUGAUCACCGUUACUUUCGACAAUAAUGGUCAACCAGCUCUUUCAGCUGCAUGUCUGUUAGACAUGAACGCGAUAUUUCAUGGAUUUCGUGGUCGAUCGAAGAAAAAUCCAUCGUUUUUUCGCCAUUUGUUCUGCACUUUGGACCAGCUCGUGUCUACGUGUAGUACUCCCUCACUUGAAAUAGCUAAAAGUGCGUCACUGGUGUGCAUUUCACCGCGUAAACAGUGGCGAAAACGGGAAUAUUUAGCUCAUGCAGAUUUGGGGUAUGAUGUACAUUCUCUAGUUGUCACGACAAAACAAUGUUCAGAUGCACCAAUGUACAUUUACUGUUGCAACAAACGCUCGACGGAAUCAAGCAGCGUACCAGUUGCCAAUAUUGAAGGCAUAUACAAUGACUUGAGUGCUCGCGAUACUGCUCUUAUAGUCUGGCGUGAACAGGAAGAAAAGUUACGCAAACGACAGUCUGAACUAUUAGCAGCUAAACGUCUCGCUGUUGUUGAUAAUGCUGAUACACGUAUGACAGUCUUACGUGAUCAAGAACAAGCAGAUGCUGUAGCUCGAGAGACUCAAGCUGAACCAAAGAAAAUAUACGUUCAAGUGGUUGGUACAAUAAAGCGAAUUCGUAGCUUCAGUAAAGGCAUGACCUUCCUUUCGAUCAUGUUGGAUGAUUGUGGGGUUGAUAGACCGCUACAGGCAUUUUUACAGAGUGACACGAUGGGUUUGUCUCUUCCUUUAUUUGCUAAAGUGACAAAACUUUUAAGAACUGGAGACAAACUAGUUGCAAUUGGAUUUAUGACUCGCAAUGCUCAUGGACACUCGAUGCUACAAAUUGAAGCAAUUUGUUUGAAUCAGACUGGGAAGUACGAAGCGUAUAACUAA